UAAUUUUCUUCUUGACAGACAGUGACUGAACGCAGCGAGCAGCAACAGUUCAGCCAGGUUAUUUACAACUCCAGUGGAGUUACCAUACACCCACCUUAUGAUGUCACAAGCAUCCAGAACCAAUCUGCAGACACCUUCGUUAACACCUUCAAGUGCCUCAGACACUCUACUGGGGUAAGGUGGUUGCUAUUGCCAUCCUGGUGGCAGACACGCUGCCGGCGACCGCCCUUACCAUGGCUGCUCCCUUGACACUGCUGGUGAACGUAGACAUGAGGGUGGGUCUAGUGGGCAGCCUGUGUGUCGCUUCUUAUCUCAUCCUCGGCCUAGCUACCUCAGAAUUUGUGUUCUUAGGUGUGGCUCUGGCCUCGGCAUCACGGGGCUUCUCCGACACCACCUUCCUUGGCCACGCAUCUCAUUACCAUAAGCACACUUUGUCACUGUGGUCAUCAGGAACAGGAGUAGCAACGUUCAUGGGGCCUCUACUGUAUUCCAGUCUCACCACUGGAGGCAUCAACCCUCGUUAUGCCCUUCUCAUCUUCCUCACCGUACCCAUCAUUAUUGCCAUCAGGUAUGUAUGAGCACCUCUACCUGAU